AUGCUAGCCAAACCUGAGGAGUUCUAUGCUGGCUUGGUGAAGAAGGAUUACUACUACCUCGGCGUGCUUGAUUUAGCAAUGCUUGCUUUUCAGCGUGGCCGGGACCUUCUUUGCUGUUUCAAUGAGGUUGGUCAAGACAUCGCGGUGUCCAACGUCUUGACGGAGUUUCGAAAGUACUUGCCUAAAGGUGUGGGUUUGGAGGAUGACCGCCGCCUUCCAGAUUUGGGUUCCCAUGAGACUUGGUUUGUGGUAGGCACUGCAGCAAAUUUCAAAAAAGUUCCUUACCGGGCUAUCAAUCAUUUCAUGCCUGCUUGGCAUCGGGAACAGCUGGGAGAAGCCAAGUGGAACCUGUGCCAAGCAGCCACGCAACUACGAAUUGCACACAGGAAGUCAGAGUUGGCGGAGGCCCUUUUGGCCGUGCAGCAAGAUGAAGAGGGUGACGAAGCGGUAUUGAUCAGUCUCCUGGAUGACCAGUCUUUGUUGGAUGCCGAGGAAACGUUUUUGAAGGAAUUGGCUUCAUUGGGCAUUUUCGCCGAGAAUGUGGCAGGACAGGGGAAUUGUGGACUGCUCUCCAUUAUGGCCCUCGAGCAAGGCUUGCCCCAGUGCCUUUUGGACUCUGCCAAACGAGGCCUUCCUCGCCAGAAGUCAUUGAAGCUGCGGGAGGAUGCUGGGCUGACCGGGGAUUGUUUGAAAGGUUUCAGGUUCUUUCUUCUCAAGAAAGCCAUCACAAUUCAGGAAUUGAGUGAGCUGUGGCAUUUGCGGGGCAAAGAAGUUGCCUGGCAGGUGCUUUUUGAAGCCUUUGGAGAGCAGCUGGCUACCUUGAUGGAGAUGAAGAAGCGUGCCCGCACUGCUCCUGCAGAGCCGGAGACGCCCAACAACAAGAAGAAGCAGAAGUCCAGACCUGCACUUCCUUCACCUCCUGCCCUGUCGCCGGAGAAAGCUGCUGCAGACCUGCCGCAGUGCGUGAGCAGCUGCCGCCCAGCCUCUUUCGGCCAGCCCGAGAAAAAAGAUACGUACCUGGCCAGGGCCGGAGCUCCAGUGCUCACGGGUGAGAAGGACAUUGAGGAAGAGGACAAUGACCGGAUUCAUGCUGCCGAUGAGGACCUGACAGUUUUGCCAGAUCCUAUCAACCAAUUGGGCGUGGGAUCCGGGGUCAUCCGCAGGGCUCCGCACAAACGCGUCCGAAAGAAGGAUCUUUUGGCGGGCAGUGAGGAAAGCAAGAUGCGGUCGAUCAAGCACUACUUGUUCUCUAUCGAGGCCAGCUAUCCACUUUGGCAGCGUUUGCAUUACAGGCCGGGCACAAUGAAGGUGAGCCCCUGUGCUGAUGAAGGGUACGUACAAAUGCAGCGAAAACUGGUCCGUGGAGAAAUGCUCUCUUGCAAGAUUUGCACUGAGUUGCUGGAUUCUUGUCACUACAGCCAUGCCAACUUUGAGAAGUUCUUGGCGGAAGAGAUUGCUGCAAAGAACAUUCCGCAGGCUGCCCCUGAGGAUGAACCUGACCUCGACAUGUUUGGCCCGUGGGAUGGGGUGCCUUAUGCGCAGGCAAGAGGCGAACACUAUGUGAUUCUGAAUCCGGGUGACUUUGGCAAAAAGCUUCCCAUCAGGUGCACCAUGUGCAGGUCAAAAAAGUUCCCUCAGGGAAGGGUGUUGGACCUCACAACGCGGAGGUUGAGCUCUGUGAAGCAUUUUUUGAUCCAGCAUGAAAAGUCAAACUUUCACGUCGAAGGACUCAAGAGGUUGCAACAUGAAGAGGAUGAUGUGGAACUGCCAUGCGAAGCAAUCCAAAUCAGUGACAGGCUGACGUCUGGGGCCCUGUUUGAUUACCAGAAGGAGUUCAACACGUGGUGCCUCUUUGCUUGUCUGGAAGCUCAGGCGAAGCACAAGUACUGGAAGGACAGCACUGGAAAGGGAUGGUUUAUCCGCUCCCGAAAUUGCCUGAAGCAGGUGAAAGACCCUUGCCCACACAAGCGGCCAGUCUGCAUGGAAUGCAAGAAGCUGGUGUCGCCACAUUCAGUGGUCAGAAAUGUGCAGCGGUUUGCUGCAAAGUAUCUGACUGCCAAGCUUCUCCACUCAAGACUCUUCACACCCCAGGAUGCACGUGAGGAAGUCUUGGAUGAGCUCAGAGAAUCACCCCUUUUCCGGAAAGACCAAAAGAAGCUGGAAACCUUUCUGAACAUGAAGAAUUCGGACCUGCAGCAGUUUGUGCGCUUAUCGUGGCGCGGCAACGGAGAGAGGAACGAGUCAGAGGCCUUCAAGGACUUUCAGAACAUGGUGGUGAAGCCUUCCUUGCGCUGCAACACAGCCAAUAUGCCUGAUGCGUUUGCAGACGUGGUGUCCCGGUUCGUUGCAUUCGCUGCCAGCGGCAACGCCGCAGAAAAAGAUGUUGCAAACAUCAAGAUAGCCACUGCUGCCAUCACAGGCAGCCUUGACGAGCAUCCGCUGCUGCAAGGUUUAGCCUUGCAAUGCAAAAGAAUGCUUGACAAACGAGCUCGCGGAAUUACCAGCAUGGUAGGCCGUAGGAGCGUGGAGACGGACUUGGAAGCCCAGCUCAUCGCUGACGCCGGCAUGCGGUUUUGCAUGGCGUCCGGGAACACCAAGCUCGGGAAAGAGUUGCCUGAUUUUAUUUGGGUUCAGGGCCAGGGUCUUACAAGAUGGAGUGUCUCUGAGAAAGGGCAGGGAAGACUUUGGCUUGCAUUUGACCACACCUAUUUGACACCCACAUUGGCACAGACCAGAUUGAAAAACACGGCUGCGCUGGUGGGAGGCUGCUGGGAGCCGGGCAAGGAAGAGACUUGCUUCCUGGAUUUGGCAUCUGACGUCAUCAAUGCCAAGUCCAUCCAACGGGCUAGCACCAUUCUUGAAUGUGCAGUAUGGGACCCAACAGCCACCAAAAAGGUCACGCUGUCUGCAGCAUGCAUGCCAAUGAGCCAUGACUUUGGAAGUCAACAAGGUGGUGCUUCAAAAUCAGGGUGGGUCAUGGCUGAGGCCUUGGGCCGCCUCCUGAGCAAUUCCCAGAACACUAUUCAAGGAGUUGUCUUUGACGCAGCUGGCUGUCACGGCAUCAUCCGGAAAGUCAUCCAUGGCCACCUUCUUGACGUCAAUGUGGAUACGCUGGCAUCGGUUCCCUUCUUCUCAGACCUGCGGCACCAAGACCUUCCCCGGCAUAGAUUACCACGACUGCCAAUCCGGCUCUGCUUUCAUGAAGGAGAACCUUUUUACGGCAUGGUUGGCCCGUGCCAUGCGUCGAAGAAUGCUUCUGGUCAGCUAUGCAGCAGUCUUCGCACGAUCUUUUAUGGAGUGUUUUGGUGCGAUACCACCGCGUGCGAAGCCGCACUUAGCGGCUUCCUCAGCUUGGACAUCUUCCGAUUGUGUUCUGAACAGCUGGCCGUGAAGUAUCGCCUGCCUACAGGAAGUACAUUCCUUGCAGGCCAAACGGUGUUCAACUUGCAGGGCACCGCCCUUGCAACGUUUCAACAGUGCUGUGAGCGAGCCUUCGCUGCUUCUCUCUUGCUGGUCUCCAGAUGCACAGGAGAGAAGCCUGACAAGUUGGAGGAAAUGUACCGCAAAUGCUGCGGGGACGAUGUCUUCAAGCUAUCCGCUGACAUGGAAGCAGAUGAAGUGAUGCCAGAGGAGGAGCUGGAACAGGAUCCAGGCAAAGAUCAGCAGGAACCACCUCCUCCACAACAAGCGUGUGAGAAGUUCCUCCUGGAUUUCGCAGGUCACAACGAUGCUACUCUGGUUUUCAAUCAGAAUCUUGAGGAGCCUCAACCACAGCCAGAGUCUGAGCUGGACGGCCUGCCAGACCAGGAGACGUUGGAAAGGUUGAUGGAGGAGAAGAACCCGGAAGAGCCAUUUGGACACGAAUGUGCCAGGUCGCCCAAGCUUUCCAAGAAAGGCAAUGCGCUCCCAAGCAGCCUUCGAGAGGCAAUGGCUAUGCCUGGGUGCAUGUUCAAUUCGCUGAUGAGAUUGUCAGUCAGGCUCCGAUCAGCAAAGGGUGGAUGUGAUGUGCAGUUUCUUCCGAACGCCAAGAACUGCAGAAGGGCAAGCCAGAAAUUGAACUGGUUCCAGUGA